AUGGGUGCAUUACUGUCAUUGUGUACAGUAGGCCAAAUGGCUUGUUGUUGCGGCCAAGCGGCAUGUUCACUGUUUGCGUGUUGUCCAUCAUGCGGUAACUCUACGUCAACUAAAGUGAUGUACGGCCUCAUGUUACUUGUAGCUGUAAUUUUAAGUUGCAUUACCCUUGCUCCUGGAUUGCAGUCCUUUCUACAAAAGGUACCAUUUUGUGAAAAUGAGCAAAGCUCAAGUUUAACUAAGAAUUUCAUGAAUAACUUAUCAUCCGUGUCAAUUGAUUGUAAAGAUGCUGUGGGCUAUAUGGCUGUGUACAGAAUUUGUUUUGCCAUGUUUGUAUUUUUUUCACUAAUGUCAUUAAUCAUGGUAGGUGUAAAAGAUUCUAGAGACAGACGAGCACUUAUACAAAAUGGGUUUUGGGGUCUCAAGUACAUCAUUGUAUUUGCGGGUAUUGUUGGUUCAUUUUUCAUUGCACCAGGAAGUUUUAGCCAUAUUUGGAUGAUUUGCGGUAUGAUUGGUGGUUUUAUUUAUCUUAUUCUCCAAUUUGUACAAGUCUUAGAUUCUGCUCAUUCUUUGGCCGAAUCAUGGCUUGACAAAUGGGAACAAACUGAAGAUAAGAAAUGGUAUUUUGCGUUGUUGUUUACAACAUUAGUAUCUUAUGGACUUGCCAUUACUGGAGUUAUUAUUAUGUAUCAUAGUUUUACUCAGGAUGAUGGAUGCGGAUUGAACAAAUUCUUUAUUACACUAACAGUUGUAAUAUGUAUAUUUAUUAGUUCAAUUUCGAUUACUUCGUGUGUACAACGUGUGCAUGAAAAAUCUGGUUUAUUGCAAUCAUCAAUUGUUAGUUUGUAUGUGGUAUAUCUUACUUGGUCAGCACUCAACAGUGGUCCAGAAACCAAAUGUAAUAAGAGUUUGGCAGAAAUUUUCAGUAAAUCAAAUCCAGGCGAUUCCAAAAUUCAUUUUGGUUCUGAAAACUUGGUCAGUAUUGGAAUUUUUGUUCUAUUUGUUUUGUAUUCAGCUAUUAAAACUGGAUCAUCAUCUAAAUUUUCUAUGAGUUCUUCUACUGAAAGAAUAGGAAAUGAUAAUGACGUUGAAGGAGGACCAAUAUCUGAAGAUGACAAUACUGGUAAACUCUUUGAUGAUGAAAAAGAAGGAGUUGCAUAUUCAUGGUCAUUUUAUCAUUUCACAUUUGCAAUGGCUACUUUAUUCUUGAUGAUGACACUUACAAAUUGGUAUUCACCAAACUCUAAUUUGAAUGACCUUCACCCAGACUAUGCUUCUACAUGGAUCAAAAUACUAUCCUGCUGGGUUUGUGCUGGACUGUAUAUUUGGACAUUAGUAGCACCAAUUCUAUUGCCAGACCGCGAGUUUUAAACUAUAUUAUUAAUAGUAUCAAAUAAAGUAUAAAAAGUUUUAAAGUUUAUAAGGUUUUAAAAGUUUAAAUAGAUUUUUUAAUCUAUCAAAAAAUUAAUUUGAUUCUUAUGUCUUUAUAACAUAAGGUACUAAUCAUUCAUAAUAUAGUAUCACUAAAUAGUUAAGAAAUAUAAUCUAUUUAUGGAGAGGUAGUCUUUUAUUGAUAUU